AUGCACACUUACGUUGUAGAGCGUGAUGUCUCGGUUGCUGGGGAGCCGGAACCCCCAAACGGAGUAGGCGGUGGCUCUCCACAAGACACACUAAGAGUGCAGAAGAUGGAAAUUCAGCUCGGUGGUUCCGUUCGAGCCUUGCCCACAGGUAGACAAGGAUCAGAAGCAAUAAGUGCAGCAGGCAAAGCCACAGCCAUCCAUAUAUCUACCUCACGCCUGACCCAAACCAUCAAUCUGCACACCUUUCACAUCAGUCCCGCAUUGGGGCUCAACUGGACUCCCUCUCAGCAUAUCGAGCUCCAACUCCCGCCAGAACUUGAUCUGAUCAGUGGUCGUGCAGCCCUUGAUGAUGAAGCAAGGCGGCUACAACUGACGCCAUGCCGUUACAAGCACAUGUGCGACGGGGCAAACAUCGACGACAAGAAAGCUGCAAAGACUGAUGCUGUCGACGUCAGUACUCUUUCCCAUGAUACAGUAGAAAUACAGUUCGUCACACGCAGUGGCACCUUGACAUCACAGAUUGGUCUACCACGAUUUCGGGCUCUUGAAGCCUCCGUUCUUGGUUGUGGUGGAGGGUUUCCUGCCAGGCUUUUCCGCGGCAUCGAAGCUGUCAAUCCCGAUAGUGAAGGUGCUACAGGGGUGACUGUGGCUGUAGCUGGUGGCGUGGGCAUCUGCGCUUUUCUCGCAAUAGCUGACAGGAUUGACAUCGAUGCUGCCCAAGUUCGAACGGAAGACAAUGAUUAUCGCAAUGGCAAAGAGAACGUCAAGUCGCCUGUGCUGUUCUGGACUCUUCAUGUUGAUGAUUGGGAAUUUGUGCGUUUUGUUAUACAAAAUGGCCGGCUGGCGGUCGGUGUCUGGAGCAGAAUUCACGUCUUCCUGACCUGUGGGACAGAUAAGAUUACACCUGGCCGAGCAAAGGGCGUGAUUGAGGACAUCAGCAAGCUGCUGAAUGUAGAUGAGAGACUAAUAUGUCAUUUUCGACGGAUGCAGGUGGAUGAUGUGGAGAGAGUCGUUGAAAGCAGGACGAAUAUCGCAUCCUGCCGUCCUGGUGUGUCGCAGCGGGGCUGCUCGACAAUUCACUUUUGUGGAGGUAAGUCUCUAGAGUGGCAGAUUAAACGCUGGUCACGUAGCAUGAAAACCUCUGUAGCUGUAUAUACGACAAAAAUGCAGAAGUAA